AUGUCAGUGGGGAAGAUAAAAGCGUUCGAGGUUUCGUCGGGCAAUUGGAGUACAUACGUGGACCGCGUGAAUAUGUACUUUAAGGCUAACGACAUCAGCGACAACUUGCAGUUGCCGACAUUGAUUGCCGUAAUGGGAGAUGAAGCUUAUGAGCUCCUCAGCAACUUGACAAGCCCUAAGAAACCAGGAGAAAUGACUUAUAAGGAAGUUAUCAAGAUAAUGUCUGAUCACAUCGAACCAAAACCAUCUUUCAUGGCGGAACGAUACCGGUUACGUCAGAGGCGGCAGGGAGAUAAGGAGACUGUCGCUCAAUAUCUGGCCGAUUUAAAAAAGAUGGCUAGGUACUGUGAUUUCUCCACAGCAUUAGAGGAUAACCUGCGUGACCAAUUUGUGUGCGGUUUGAAAAAUGACACAAUUAGACAACGCCUUUUCGCUGAGAGUGACUUAACCUAUAGUAAGGCCGUACAGCUAGCCCUUUCGUUGGAAGCCGCCGAGAAGGACGCAGCUAUGGUGGAACGCGCGAGUGUGAGCGAGACGGGCGAUGCGGGAGAGAGAGCCGAGACGCGGCGGCAGCGGCGGGGCCCGGCGCCGGGCGCCGGCGGCCGCAGGGGCGCGCAGCGCGCCAACCGCGCCAGCGCCAUACACCAUGUCCAGGCAGAAGAUGGCGAGACUCAGUAUGAAGAAGAGGUUACGUCGGGGUCCGACUUCGAAGAAGACCUGCAUCAUCUCUGCUUAAACGAUUAUAAAUCGGUAAGCCUGUCAUUAGGUUUAGACGAUGAGGUCAUUUCUAUGGAAAUCGACACAGGGUGCGCUGUGUCGUGUAUAGGUCGUGAUACUUAUAAUAAGUACUUUAAACACAGACCGUUGGAACAAUUCCCUUUGGUGUUAACGGUUUAUGAUGGCCGUCCAGUUAGACCCCUAGGGGUCAUAAGGCCCGUUGUUAGAUUUAAAAACCAGUUAAAAAAAUUGGAACUUUUUGUUAUUGAGGGGGGCACUACCCCCAUAUUAGGUAGACACUGGCUAACAGAGUUACAGAUUCGGAUUCCUAGAUUUCGAAAAGAGUAUUUAUAUAACUUUAACGAGUCUUGUAAUAAUGAGUUAUCUACGUUGCUUGACAGGUAUAAGGAGUUAUUUAGCGGAGGACUAGGGCGGUUUAGAGGUGGAAAAGCGACACUUCGAGUACGCGAGGGGGCCACACCGGUGUUCUGUCGCGCGCGGCCGCUGCCGUACGCGCUGCGCGACCGCGUCGAGGCGGAGCUGGACGAGAUGCUGCGCUGCGGCGUCAUCGAGCCGGUCGACACGUCGGAGUGGGCCACGCCGCUGGUACCGGUGCGUAAAGCCGAUGGGGGUCUGCGAAUCUGUGCGGAUUACAAGGUACCUCGGCCCGAACCAGUGGAACACUCUGACGAGGCACCUGACCACUCUGACCACGCUGACACUCCAGUAGCCACGAGCACGCCGCGGCGCAGUCAUCAAAGUCCGGAUUCGAGCCGAGCAGCUGACGCGCGGCCCGGAACACCGCAGAGUUCGCCAAGGUCAAGUUGUAGCGAAGACCUAUUUUUGUCACCUACAACAAGUACAACUCCACCUUCUAAACCGCCCCAGUUACCUAGGCAUAUUAGGGAAUGUCGAUUAAAAAACCCACCGAAGUAUAAAUUUUAGUUUAAAUAGUUUUUAAGUUUACUUCUAUAUGUAUCAUGCUACCCCUGAACUUAGAUAAAUACUUACCUUAAAAUGAAGGUAUACCUAAAGAUACUGUGUGUUUGUUUACUAUUUUAAUUAUCUUGGUUGAUAAAAUGUUUUCUUUUAAGGUACAAAAAAAAAAUAAAAAAAAAUAAAAAAAAUAAAAAAAAAAAGGAGAAGAUAGGUUGUUGAUAUCUGUUUCGAAAGUAUUUUUUUUAAUAUUAGGUAUAAUGUUUUUAGAAGAGAGUAGUGUAAUGUAUGUACCUAUAUACUUGUUUACUGUUAUGUCGCGGUGCGCUCUCUGCAGGCCACCCAGUCUCGCAAUAAAUGUUUAACUGACCGGA